AUGAGAUCAGGAGCUUCUAGUGGUACUGGUGGCUUUAACAAGUUGGAUGAUACUUCCUUGCCUAGUGGUUCUAGUGCAUGUGCAACAUCCAAAAGUGAGCAGGAAAAGACCGCUUUUUCCAAGGAUCUGACAGCAGGAUUAACUAAGGAGAGAUUGCUAAUAAAAGGAAGCAAUAAGUUAAGUAAUCACGAGGGCAAUAAUGUCAUAUGUGCUAGUCCAGUUACAAAAGUCAAGGCUUCUUGGGCCCCACGAACAGGCCCUGUGGUGGCAACAAACUCAGCUCCUAAUAUACGUCGUGUACCUGCAACACUUGAGAGCUGGGAACAGCCACCAAGUGCAAACAAAAUUCCUUCAGUUGGUGGGGGCCGUAGGGCUAUCAAUCGCAAGCGUGCAGUGCCCUCUGGAUCUUCCUCUCCACCCAUGGCUCAAUGGGUUGGUCAGAGACCACAGAAAAUUUCUCGCACUAGGAGGGCUAAUCUGGUUUCCUCUGUCUCAAACCAUGAUGAAACGCAGACAUCAUCUGAAGGUUGUUCCCCAUCCGAUUUUGGUGCUAGAUUAACCUCUAGCGGAACGACUAGUUCUCUUCUUUCCAGGGCUGCAGCUAGUGGUACCCAACUAUUUAAUGAAAAUGCUUCAUCCCCAGCCAGAUUAUCUGAAAGUGAAGAAUCUGGUGCUGGUGAAAACAGACUAAAGGAAAAAGUUAUAAGUAGUGGAGAAGUAGAGGAAAAAGUUGGAAAUGCUAUACAGAAUGUUGGGCCUUCUGCAAUGCUUGCAAAGAAGAGUAAGUUGCUUAUCAAGGAAGAAAUUGGUGAUGGUGUACGUAAACAAGGGAGAAGUGGAAGGGGUUUCUCAUUUUCUAGGGCUAGUAUUUCACCAGUAAAAGAGAAGUUGGAUAGUGCAGCCAUGACAAAGCCACUUCGAAGUACAAGACCUGGUUCUGAUAAGAAUGGAAGUAAGUCCGGCCGGUCUUUAAAAAAGCUGUCUGAUCGCAAAGGCUUUUCUCGUCUUGGAAAUGUGCCAAAUAUUGGUACCCCUGAUAUCAAUGGGGAAUCAGAUGAUGAUCAUGAAGAACUCUUAACAGCGGCAAAUUUUGCUUGUAAUGCUAGUUAUCAUGCCUGUUCUAGCCUGUUUUGGAAGAAAAUGGAACGAAUUUUCACUUUUGUUAGCUUAGAGGAUAGAUCCUACUUAACUCAACAACUGAUGUAUGCGGAGGAACUUCAAGAUAGCCAUGACUCUGAUGUUUUGGUUGAUCUUGUGCAUGAAGAAGUUUCUGUAUCUGAUACAGUUUGUGAAAAAAGAUAUAGGCGCUUGCAAAAUCAAAGUGGAUCCAAGGAGUCAGGUAGUAUAUUCGAGUUGGUUGAUCAAUCUCAGGACACCUCUUUAUUUGGAACACUAGACCCAGGAAGAAUAUUCAACAAAGUUACUCCACUGUACCAAAGAAUUCUAUCAGCUCUCAUUGUAGAAGAUGAUAUUGAAGAAUACGAAGAAAUUGAUGCAGGGAGAAAUGUGUUGCUUCAGAAUGCUACUGGCGAUUCACCUCUCAAUGCACACCUACUCAUUGAUACUGAACCUAAAAGGAGGGAUGGGUUAGAAUUUGAAUGUGAGAUGAUGUUUGGCGUUCAAACUCAGGACCAUGGUACUGGAAGCAGAUUAGUUUCUUGCAACGGGAAUAUUACUUUUGGUAGAAGCACCAGUAUCCAAAAUCCCCCAUGUAAUAAUGACCUAUUGGUAGGGGAUAGUGUAUCUAUGCAUUCACAUGUCGAGGUGUUGGCUAAGCUUUCAAGAAAUGAUCUGGAAGGACCACAGAGUAUAGGAAAGAAUGGUUUUGGCUUUUGUUCCGUUGAUUGCCAAUUUGAGAAAAUGUGUCUAGAUGAUAAACUGUUGCUGGAGCUGCAGAGUAUCGGCCUAUAUCCAGAAGCAGUGCCUGACUUAGAUGAUAGAGAGGAUGAAGUGCUCAAUCAAGAAAUUGUGCAGCUGAAGAGGGGACUUUAUGAACAGAUUGGUAAAAAGAAGAUGUGCUUAGGCAAAAUAUAUGAAAUCAUUCAGGGAGGGAAGGAAGUGGCAGGACGGGACCUUGAACAGAUUGCAAUGGAUAGAAUGGUGGAGUUGGCUUACAAAAAGCUGUUGGCUACUAGAGGAGGUAGUGCUGCUAAAAGUAGGGUUGCUAAGGUGUCAAAACAAGUUGCCUUGGUUUUUGUGAAGAGGACUCUUGCUAGAUGUAGGCAAUUUGAAGAUUCAGGGACAAGUUGCUUUAUUGAGCCUGCACUUCGGGAUAUUAUUUUUGCUGCACCUCUUCGAUGCAAUGAGUUAGAAGCUACAACUUGUGCUGGCCUGGAAGGUUCUAACUGUUCCUUCGUCAGUAGUGCUGAUGGGGGUCCGUUAUCUGCAGUUGAAGUUUUGAGUGAUCAAGCUUUUGCCAAAAAAGGACCAAUAUCAAACAGAGGGAAGAAAAAGGAAGUAUUUCUUGAUGACGUAGUUGGCAAUGCUGCCUUGAGAACCUCAUCAACUCUUGGUACCUCUCCUUUGUGUGGAACAAAGGGAAAGAGAAGCGAAAGAGAGAGGGACAAAGAUACUUCAACCAGAAAUGCUCUUCCCAAAUCCGGAUGCUCAUCUAUGUGUAGCUUUAAGGGUGAGCGCAAAAUGAAAACGAAAACGAAACCUAAGCAGAAAACAGCUCAGCUAUCAACAUCUGGAAAUGGAUUUUCUAGCCCAUUCACGGAAACAACACAUCCUGUGUGUACUUCAGCUAGUGGUUCUACUGAAUUAGUCAAUAGUAGUGGCAACAGAAAAAGAGAGGUUGGGUUCAUGUCUCCUGGUAACAUUCCUCAGGAUUCAUCGAUGGAUAACAGAGAACCAAUGGGGUUUGCAAACUUGGAGCUUCAUAGGUUAGAUCCGAUGGAAGAACUAAAUGUAGGUGCUGACGUUGAUGGAAAUCAAGAUCUCUGUUCGUGGUUGAACUUUGAUGAGGAUGGUUUACAAGACCAUGAUUCAAUGGGCCUUGAAAUACCUAUGGAUGACCUUUCAGAGUUGAACAUGUUUUGAUCAUGACAAAAUAUUGUGCAUUCUUCUGGAUUAUUUAACUCUUUAGACGACCAUAUUGUUGUUUGGGAAAAAUAGUUACCUUUAGAUAUGUCUCAGGUCAAUUGGCACUUGUAAAUAUUGCCAUCCUUUGUAUACCUAUUCAAAGAAAUCAUUAAAAAUCCUCCUUGAUUCAAACAACGUGUCUGUUCUAACAAAUUAUGGGGCUUCUCUGUUGUAAUUUUUUUUUUUUUUUGCAGAAUUUUGAGCUCCAUGGAUUUCUCGAUAGUUCCUUCAACACUUUUUGAGAUUUGCAUUACAUGUUUUAUG